AUGAGCCCUCCUGAAGCUCAGCCCAAAGCAAGAAAUCGCUGGAGAGAUUUUGACUCAAUUGCUCGAUGUUAUAUGUUAGCGAGCAUGAGUAGUGUGUUACAAAAGCAACACGAGAAUUUUUGUACCGUCAAAGAGAUCAUGACAAAUUUGGAGGAUUUACUUAGAGGCCAUGCUGCAUUGGCUCGACAAUCUGCUAUUACAAAUUUGAUGAAUUCUCAUAAAAAACCUGGCACUCUAGUCAAAGAACAUAUGAUUAAGCUUAUGGGAAUCUUUGUGGAAGUGGAGGACAAUAGGGUUGAACUAGAUGUGAACACACAAAUUGAAAUAGUGUUCAAAUCCUUUACCAAGGAGUUUGCUAGUUUUAGGGCUGCUUACAACUUAGGGAAAAAGGCACUUACCUUGACUCAACUCAUGAAGGAAUUACAAUCCCAUGAGUUAAUGUUGAAUGGUCGAUAA